AUGGACUCUUCUCGUGCCAGCCAUGGGAACGCUCCAUGCUUGCAGAUGUCCACAAAGUCACUCAACAAGCUGAUGAAGCGCCAUCCAGGCAUAGAUGAAGCAGGCAUCAAGCACUACACGGCCUUGCAUGCUGCCUACGACGGCUGCAGGGCGUGCGUUGAGAAAUACGUGAGGGACGGCGGCGAUCCGAAGAAGGGCACGCUGAGCAAUCCGACAUGGAACUUGGAGUCCUGGGUAGACGAAGGCAAGAAGGACGGUAAAUUCAACAACGACCAAGCAUCAAGCAUCCAGCAACUGGCUCUGGCUCAAUUUGCUCUGCAUGUGCCCACAAGAACAAUGCUUUGUGAAAAGUGUGGCCGUGCGCUGCAGCAUGCCAGCUCGCAUCACGAGGGGUCCCGCAGCGCGGGGUCCGGUGCCGCCUGGCACCGACAUGGAGAGCGCGGCAGGUCCCGUAGCCCCCGGGGUCCACUGCCGCCUCGCACCGACGUGGAGUUGGACAUGCCAACGUUGUUGACCAUGGCCUUUGCGAGUUACGACUACGAGUUCAGUAUCGACGAAGUCGGGGAACACGUUGCGGCCAAGCUUUGUGCAUGCAUAGGUGACUUGGCCUCAAGAGCCACAGGCAUCAAAGUCGAGGCGGAAGAGUUGGGCAACGACAUCAAGUUCAAGGGGUUGACAUACUGCCAACGAAGUCUGAAUCGGAACAUGCGUUUUCGCGAUGGAAGUUCUAUGAAAGAGUUGCUGGAAAGUCUUCGAUGCAAUCGAAUCAAGCCGACUGAUCUGCCUCCGCUGACAGUCUUGAAACUGGGAACCGACCUCAUUACCUUGGAUCACCGACAUGUGUGGUGCUAUAAGGAAUUCCAGCGCGAAGCUACCCACAAAGUGACAGCUAUGGCCAAUUUAUUUGAAUUUUCUCCUGGGGCAGCCCAAGUCGUCCAUCGUCUGCAGAGGGACUCUGUAGGCGACGAGUUUCUGCGGAAGUACCACGAUGUGCGAUCUGAGAUUCGAUGA